UUUAUUUUUUUUUGUGCUCACCGCCUUUGGAAAUGCGAUGCGAGGCUUCUUGAGCACACCCAUUGGCGACAAUACAAAGGCCCAAAGCGACCGUAGAUCCCCGUUCGGUUGAAAAAGCCUCCAGAGAGACCAAAUAGAGCUCUCUGACACCUUGGGAAGAUCCCGAAACAGCCGCAAACAUGUCGCGCCCCGAGGACACCCUCGCGGCCGACGUGCACUACAAUGACACGGAAGCACGAAAGUACACCACGUCCUCCCGAAUCCAAAACAUCCAGGCGGCCAUGACGCGGCGGGCCCUGGAGCUGCUCGAACUCACCUCCCCGUCCCUCAUCCUUGACGUCGGCUGCGGCAGCGGGCUGUCGGGCGAGAUCCUGACGGCCGAGGACCCGGCCGACGGCGGGCCGCACACGUGGAUAGGCAUGGACGUGUCGCCGUCGAUGCUGGACGUGGCGCUGCAGCGCGACGUGGCGGGCGACCUGAUGCUGGCCGACAUUGGGCAGGGGGUGCCGUUCCGCGCCGGAAGUUUUGACGCCGCCAUCAGCAUCAGCGCCAUCCAGUGGCUGUGCAACGCCGAGAGCAGCGACACGUCGCCGCUCGGCCGGCUGUCGAGGUUCUUCAACGGCCUGUACGCGAGCCUGCGCCGUGGCGGCAGGGCCGUCUGCCAGUUCUACCCCAAGAACGACACCCAGCGCGACAUGAUUGCCGGCGCCGCCAAGAAGGCGGGCUUCGCGGCCGGUCUGCUCGAGGACGACCCCGACACCAAGAACAAAAAGGUCUACCUGGUCCUGACGGUGGGAGGCAGCGCGCACGACGGCAGCGGCGGCGACAUUACAGACGUGGUCAAGGGGCUGGACAAUGUGGACGUCUUGGACGUUUCGAGAAAGCCCAAGGCUGGGAGGGACAUGCGCAAGGGCGGCAAGGCGUGGAUCGUCAAGAAGAAGGAGCAGAUGGAGCGCAAGGGCAAGGUCGUCAAGGCGAGCUCAAAAUACACUGGCAGGAAACGGAAGCCAGCAUUCUAAAGAGGACCAACUGGUUUUUGCGAUCAUUUUGUUUGUUUUUGGGUUUGUCUUUGGCGCGGCGUUUGAGGUUGGACGAUUCACACAAGGUCACAUCAUCUUCGAAUAUGGGCUGCUUUGAUCUGGAAAAAAAAAGUUGUAAACAAAAAAGAAUAUUAAGUCAGAUACCCACACUCUGUAACCCAUUCUGUCAGUGCGAUUUUCGAACUUGUUAUUUGAUAAAGCACACUCUGACAGACAAACUCGAGCCACUUGGCCUACACCUGCCACAAAUUCCUGGCAUACACAAGAUAACCCAUACUCCUUGAAAACAGCAAACGGACGAAAAGAAAAGAAAAAAAUAAAACAACAAAUGAAAAAUAAAAUACAGUGAUACACGCAAAGACUGAAAAUAGGGCUGGAUGUUGCCACAAAGUGGGGGUUGCUUGUUAACCCCUGUUGCGAGGAUUUCGAUUAUCAAGAUCCAGAGGUUUCGGUUCUGGAGAAGGUUAUUCGUCAGGAAGGAAGUCAGGAUUGAGCCACUCAUCAUCCAAGUCCAUAGGAUCAUUGCGUGCUGCAGGAGGCGCAUCAGGUGCAGGGUAGCCUCCGGGGCCGAAGUAAUUCGCAAAGGGGUUGAAAGCCUGCAUAUAGGGGUCGACGGCCUGCAAAAUGGGAUUGAAAGUCGCCGCAAAUGAAGUGAAGACUGGUGCUGCAGGGUUGAGCGCGCUGGUCGAAGUGGGGUUGGUAGUAGUGGCAGCCGCGUCGGGAGUGCUUGUGGCUGAACUGGACCCCUGGCCAGCCGU